UCUGCAUUGCUCAGAAGCCACUGGAGAUGAUUGCUACCAACCUCCAGCAAAAUGCAGGCCAAAGGCAAAUCAGUGCAACAGAGGAGAGAAAGCUGCGGAAACCUCUCAUUGAGAGAAAGAGAAGGGAAAGAAUAAAUCACUCUCUAGAUCAGCUGAGAGAGAUGGUAGUUGGAGCUUUCAGGCUUGAUCAGUCUAAGUUAGAGAAGGCUGAUAUUCUUGAGAUGACGGUGAAACAUUUGCAAAAUAUCCAGAGCAACAGAGUUUCUGACCCCUUUCUGGAUGCAGAGACCCAACAGAGGUACAGUACUGGAUAUAUCCAGUGCAUGCAGGAAGUUCACAACCUUCUACUUUCAUGUGACUGGAUAGACAAAACCUUGGGGUCCCGUCUGCUCAACCACUUACUCAAAUUUCUACCCAGUUCAGCUAAGGACUGCUCUCAGCUCCCCAAGAACUCCCAGACAAAUAUUUCUUCUAACCAUAGCAUCUACAUUGGUUUCCAUGCUGAUGAGUUUGAGAGUCCACAAACCUGCCCUCCUUCUCCUGAUUUCUAUGAGAGGGUCUCCCAGUCUCAGAAUCAAUGUUCUACUCCCAUGAGAAUGCCACAUGAUGUGGAGAGCCCACACCUCUCAGAUCUUAAGAUGUGGAGGCCCUGGUGAAAUAUCUGUGAUUUAGCAGUGUACGACUAUGGUGUCUCCAUAUAUAUAUAUAUA